AUGGAAGUCAAGAAUGAAGUCUUGUCGAAUGGACAUCUCUACAAAUUAAAUUUCCUUGAAAUGUUCUUAAAAGUUUUCGUUGUGUUCCAAAAUCUCCAGAAAAAAACUGAAAGUCUGAAGCGGUGUUUUAUAACGUUUACCACAGCAUAUCGAACAACUGCAAGACUUUAUAGUAGUGUUGGCACAAAAUCCAGUCGUAAAUUAAUCAAAAAGAAUUCCAGUAAAACACCUUUCGCAAGGCUAUUGAUCAGCUCACCAGUUAGAGCUACAUAUGUGACUAAAUAUGGAUUGGAAGACACUUUGAUUGUGCCUCAAUUACCUCAAACAUAUGCUAAAUGA